AUGUUGAAACUCUAUCGCGCCAAGUGCCUAUGGCCUAUUCUCAUCGCUCUCGUAGCCUCGGUUCUCGUCCCGCCCGAUGGUGCUGCACUAGAUACCCAGGUCAUCUUGCCUGGGUGGGAUAACAGCAACGACGACGACAACAACAAAGUUGACCAGCAACGGCUCCCCUCCAGCUGGCCUCCUCCUCAGCAGAUCUCGACGACUGGUGGCUGGGUCGCGCUCAACCGCUCUGUCACCAUCAUCACUGACAAUGUCACCGAUGCUGCCACCAUGCAUGCUGUCAAGGCCAUCGUCUCUUCCGCUGGCGGCACAGCCAUUCUCUCGUCACAGCUCUCCGGCCUUGGCGCGCAGAUUUUGAUUGGGACCGUGAAAGCAAACGGUGUUGCUGUUGCUGCCGCCAACGCGCUCACGGGAAAAUCUGCGAAUGGCCUCGCCGCCGAGGGCUACGUCCUAGCAUCGGGCAAGUACCAGAACCAGGACACCGUCGUUCUCAACGGCGUAGACACGCGCGGCACUUUCUACGCUGCCCAGACCCUGCAACAGCUCGUGGAUGGUCGCCAGGGAGUUCCUGGCAUCAAGGUACGCGACUGGCCGCUCAUGCCUAUCCGUGGCUCUAUCGAGGGCUUCUACGGCGUUCCCUGGUCUCAUCGGGCGCGUCUCGACCAGUACGUCUUCUACGGCAAGCACAAAUUGAACACGUACGUCUACACGCCCAAGGACGACACGCUCCUCCGCGCCAACUGGCGUGAUCUGUAUAACAGCAGUGACCUUGCACAGCUGAAGGAGCUUGUCGACACUGCCAACGCCAACCACGUCGAUUUCACUUUUGCUCUUUCUCCUGGCUUGAGCAUAUGCUACUCGUCCGACUCGGACUUCAAUGCUACCAUUGCCAAGUUUGACCAAGUUCGCGCCCUCGGCGUCCGCAGUUUCUACGUCGCUCUGGACGACAUCCCUCUCAAAUUUCACUGUGAUUCGGAUAAGCAAAAGUGGCCUAACCAGGGUAACUGGCACUGGAUUGCCGACGCCCAGGUUUAUUAUCUCAACCGAAUCCAGAAGGAAUAUAUCGAGGCGAACGGUCUCAUCGACCUUGAGACGGUCCCGACCAGCUAUGCCGGCAGCGCACCAGACCCUUACAAGGGGGAAUUCGGCACCCAACUGAACAAGAAGAUUCGCAUCCAGUGGACUGGCGAAGGCGUCUUCUCAGCCAAUGUCACCGUCGAAAGCGUUGUCCGCGCCGACUCGACCUACGUCACGGACAAAUUAUUCUUCUGGGACAACUUUCCCGUCAACGACGGCAAGCCUAACCGCUUGUUCCUGAACCCGCUUACCGGCCGUGAUGCCGACUUAUACCAGCAUCUGCUUGGCUUCACCUCAAACCCGAUGGUGCAGUCGUACGCCUCCAUGAUAGCUCUCGCCAACUACGGCGACUACACGUGGAAUGGGCCGGCGUACAACGCAACGGCUUCCAUGGCCGCGGCACUGCGAGAGCUUGCAGGCAGAAAUAGUCCUGUCUAUAACGCGGUCGUCGCCUUUGCCGAUCUCAACCAGAACUGGCCGUAUCGCACUCCUGCAACCAACGCGCCCCAGCUCAGCAAGGAUAUUGCUACCUUCUGGGCUGCCUGCAACGCUUCUACCGAAAAAGCCAACGGCACCCGAGCGCUGCGGGAUCGCCUCAAACUUCUCACCAUGUUGCCGGACGUGCUCCCCCGCAUGGCCAUGAAGGGGUUCGCCGCCGACGUGGCACCCUGGUCAACGCUGGCGAUGCAGUGGGCAACGGCGUGCCAGUACUUGGUUGCAAUGCUGGACGCGCUUGACAAGGGGGACAAGGACAAAGCUGCGAGUGAGUUUGCCGCCGCACAGAUCUGGGUUGGCAAGACUACGGCCAAGACUGUCACUGGCCUCGAUGAGAAGGGGCAGGUUGUGCCCAACUUUAUUACGCCAAUAAUCGGCGAUGGAGUGUUUGACGCGUUUCUCGCCAACGCUACUGCUAUGUAUAAAGGCCAGGAGAUGGUACUGGAAUAG